CAAUGGGUCAUUCUCUAACCGUGUGCUUUAAAAGCAACAAAGAUGCUUUGGUUGACCUGAACUUGUAAAACCAAUGGCUCCUAUCACCACUAUCUUCUUCUUCAUCCUUGAUUCCUUGAAUUUUCUUCUUAAUCCAAGCUCAUCCUUAUCCCAUUAUCUUGCCUCUGAUCUCUACCCUCCAGCUUUCUCCCCAGUUGGACAAAACACCUUGCUUUAUGGAGUCUCUACUUUCUUAUGAAGGAUGAUCACAUCCCUGCAACUCGACCUCCAAGCCAUCCAUAUGUUGCUUAGUUUCAAAGCAAGGUUUGAAGAAAAAGUGAACAAAUGUUUCUGUUAUUUUUCAUUUCCCUUCUUCAUCCUUUCGUCUGAUCUAAUGCCCCCUUUGUACAAAUUUUUUUAUCCUUUAAUUUUGUACAAAUUCCCUUCUUCCUUUCAUCUGAUCAUUGUAAUUUAUUUUGUAUAAUAUUAUUAACCAUGUAUCGAAUGAAUAUAUCAGUGUUUCGUGU